CAGUGGCAAGUUGAGACGUGUCCCAUAUCGGCUGAGACUGCUAGUCAGUGCGUGUUGGAUUGGGGUUUACAGACGGUCUAAACGACAGGUCCAGAAAAGUUCACCGAGUUUAUAGAAUCGAAGUGUCCAGUCCCUUCAGAUGUUAUUCGGGGGGAUGGUGGGGACUCCACAAGGGUCUGGUCAAUUGGGUCGACUCCGGACACCUUUUCCAAUGUGCGUAAAAUGGUUUUAUCUCCUCGUCCUCUUUUCCGGACUAGCAACUUCAGGCGUGUUACCGGUCAGUGGGAUGAGAGUGUACACGUCGGGGGAGGUGGAGGCGGUGAACGGCACAGAUGUGCGGCUGAAAUGUACCUUCCAGAGCAGCUCGCCCAUCACCCCAGCAACGCUCACUGUCUCAUGGAGCUUCCGCCCCCUCGAACCUGGCCGUGAGGAGUCAGUGUUCUACUACCAUGAGAGGCCUUACCCUCCCCCAGAAGGGCGUUUCCAUAAGCGGGCAACAUGGGCGGGUGAUAUCAUGGGGCGGGACGCCUCCAUCGUGGUGCGUGAGGUCAAGUUCACCUACAACGGGACGUUCAGCUGCCAGGUGAAGAACCCUCCGGACGUCCACGGCAACGCGGGGGAGGUGAAACUGACCGUGGUCACCACAGCCUCCUUCUCUGAGAUUGUCAUUCUGGCUGUAGCCAUCGGGGGCGCCAUCAUGCUGAUGGUCAUCCUCCUCGUCAUCAUCAUGUCAAUAAGGCAAUGUCUCAAGAAGAGACAGGAGGAGUGGGUGGAGGAACUGCCUCGCAGAGAGAGAAAGGACCCUACAGUGUGCCACCCUGCAAGGGCCAUCCACCUGUAUAUGGACGAUGACGUGCUAGAGGUUGACAGCUCGGACGGUAUGAUCUCUGAGGCCAGCACUAAGGACCCCAGUUCCUCUGAGGAAGACGACAGGAGCUCUGACUAUGACGGAGGUGAUGACGCUGACUGAGAUAGGGACAGUGGCACCACAGGAGGUUGGUGGCACCUUAAUUGGGGAGGAUGGACUCGUGGCUGGAUGCAGAAUAGGUGGAAUGGUAUCAAACACAUCAUUUCCAUGGUUUCCAUGUGUUUGAUGCCAUUCCAUUCGCUCCGUUCCAGCCAUCAGGAAUGGAGCAGGGCUGGUUUAAUGCAGGGUCUUACAGGGACUGAAGCCCCUUGGCCCAAGCCCGUAGAGCACACAAGAGACAAAUAUAUAUAUAUAUUCAACUGAUGUAUAUAUAUAUAUAUAUAUAUAUAUACAUACACACUGUAUAUAUACACUGCAUAUAUACACAGUAUAUAUAUAUCACAGGAGGUUGGUGGCACCUUAAUUGGGGAGGACGGGCUCAUGGUAAUGGCUGGAGCGGAAUAAGUUGAAUACACUAAACACAUUGUUUCCAUGUGUUUUAUGCCAUUACAUUCGUUCCGUACCAGCCAUUAUCAUGAGCCGUCCUCCCCUCAGAAGCCUCCACUGAUAUAGUUAUAUUAUUAUUUAUCCAACCACAGGAGCCCACUCUCAAUGUUCAAAAUACCUCAGCCUAAUUUAGCCACAGAGGAUCAAUAGUUUCAAAAAAAGAACUGUGGAUGAAGUUUUAUCACAAGCCCAUACAGGUAACUCCUAAAAUAAAGUUAACAUAAAGUGUCUUAAAAGGCAUCGAUUCUACAAGUGGACCUAAAUCAUGCCAGGAAAAUGCACCCCACACCAUAACAUAUACUUUGUGUCUUUCAUUACUCAAGUAUUUGCUUUAUUUUGGCAGUUACUAGUAUGUUUACAGUCGGGAAGGCUGCAAUUUAGGCAGCAAGCGCGCCAAAUAUACAGCUUGUCGCGUUGUGGCCAUAGACAUACAAUCCAUAGAAAGGUAUUGUAAACUCUUACCCUGGCAAUUUGACUGUUAGACUCAUGGGUACAAUAGCAAUGGCUUGCCAGUCCUGAUUAAUGGGAACGGACAUCUAUGGAUUAUAUUAUACAGUGGCAAGGAAAAGUAUGUGAACCCUUUGGAAUGACCUGGAUUUCUGCAUAAAUUGGUAAUACAAUUUGAUCUGAUCUUCAUCUAAGUCACAACAAUAGACAAACACAGUCUGCUUAAACUAAUAACACAAACAAUUAUACGUUUUCAUGUCUUUAUUGAACACACCGUGUAAACAUUCACAGUGCAGGGUGGGAAAAGUAUGUGAACCCUUGGAUUUAAUAACUGGUUGUCCCUCCUUUGGCAGCCAUAACCUCAAC